AUGGCACCCUCGGUGUCGUCAGCAUCCGGCCCCUCUUGGGAAGGCUGGGAAGGCGACGAAAUGCUGCACGUCUACCUCUGCGACUACCUGCGCAAGCGCGGUUACACACAGGCGGCGCUCGCCCUGAGUGCGGAAGCCGGCCUCAGCCAGCAGCAGGCACCGCCCAUCGAUGCACCACAGAGUCUGCUCUUUGAAUGGUGGGUCAUCCUAUCGCAACUUCUGGCUGAAAAGAUGGACCCGACGCCAUCGGCACACAUGCAGAGCAGCUCAGCUGCACUCGAGGCAGUGCAGUUCGGUGGCGCAUCCGAGGCCGGCGAUGCAGCUUCAACCGGCCAAAUGGCGACGGCAUCGCAAUUACAAUCGCAGCCGACCACAGCACCUCUGAGUGCGAUCCAACAUGGCGGGCACAGUCAAGGCGGUCGCAUUGCGUCUGCGCACAUCUGGCCUCAGCAGCCACCUCGAUCGCAACCUUCUGUCCUGGCAAAGUCGGCAGAACAAUCGGCAGCCACUGCGUCCACUCGCGGCCAACACUGCAACCAGUCUACCCAACCUCAACAGCCGGGGGCGGUGCAGCAGCGAGGACCAGGCUCCGCCCUGUCGCCGCAAGACCUGGAGGCGAGCAAUAGGAUCGGGCUCGCAAGGCCGGCCAGCCGCGUACUCAUCCAACAAUGCAUGGACAUGAUGAACUUUGGCGCCAAGCCCAUUGAGGCUUUGAGCGCCGCCGAGGCGCAGGCGCUCGCGAAGCGCGUGACCCGCCUGCAGACGGCUCAAAACGAAGCACAGAAGCGCCUCGCCAUGCUGCACGGCCUGCAGCCGUCCAAGCCGCUUCCAAGCGUGCUGAGCCCGGCUCCGCAGCCGAGCCAAGCAUUGCCACCAACGCAGAGCAUGUCGGUGCUGGAGCCCAGUCAGCUCCCGUAUCCGGGCGCUCGCGCCGGGCAGAAGCGCAAGGAGUCUCCGAACCAGAUAGGCACGAUUCCCUUGCUGCGUCGGCUCUCGCAGCCGAAUCGCUCCGGCUCUCCGAACACUUCGUCAGUGCCUACUCCCUCGAUGAGGGCGACGUCCACUUCGCAGCCGCCUUCGCCCAUCGGACCCGCGACGGACAACACAUUCUCAUCUGGCGUCCCGCUGCAUUCGGUGUUUCGACGGCCGUCGUCGAGCAUCGAGACGCCACCGUCAUUGCUGCCACCAGACUCGGCGGGGUCGCGCUGCGUGAGUCCGCAGGUGGCGAUGGUGCGGCCCUCGGGUAUGCCAUUUACGUCGCCGGGUGCUGCUAGCGUCAUGAGUCUCGGUGCUGAAUGGCCCGGCUCAGCAAGUGCCUCGCAGUCGCCGGUGUGUGGUCUGCUACCGCAUGCGCAAGCGUGGUCGAGCUUUGGCAGUCCAGAUCUGCUGUAUCCGACCGCAAACGUCCAGGGCUCUGCGACAGCUUCCUGGCAGCCAGGAGCAGGCAAUACUUUGCAGGCAGCAGUGGGAAUGGACGGGGCAAUGCCGCUGCCUGUCUCGCCGGCAUACGCACACGGACCCGGCUGGACGUCGAAUGCAUUCGCUGUUGGCGUUGGCGACAAGGGUGGUCAGAUGGAUGCAUACGCCGGGUUGGGGAACCAAGCUGCCUUUGUUGGAAAUCCCGCAGCGCGGUGGAACCAGGCCGAUGCACCAGCGUACGCGCUUGGUUUCGGCAAUCAGGGUGGCGGAUGA